AUGGGUGCUUCUCUAUUGACACCAUCAGUUCCACUGGGAGCUCUGCUACUUGCACUGUGUCCAUUGAUCUUGUGGCCUGAGCUUGCACGCAGCGAGUACACAGGCAUAACCAGACACUACAAGUUUAACAUUCAAUUGCAAAAUGUGACGCGCCUGUGCCACACCAGGAGCAUCCUGACCGUUAAUGGUCAGUUUCCGGGGCCAAGGAUCGUAGCCAGGGAAGGUGAUCGGGUCGUGAUUAAGGUGGUUAACCAUGUUCAAAACAAUGUGACUUUCCACUGGCACGGUGUCCGACAGCUCCUGAGCGGAUGGUCAGAUGGUCCUGCUUACGUGACCCAGUGCCCCAUCCAGACUGGCCAAACGUACUUUUACAACUUCACGAUCAUCGGCCAACGAGGCACACUCUUCUGGCACGCGCACUUUUCAUGGCUGAGAUCAACCCUCUACGGGCCCAUCAUCAUCCUGCCCAAGCGCACCGUUCCUUAUCCAUUUGCCAAGCCACAUAAGGAGGUCCCAAUUAUCUUUGGUGAGUGGUUUAAUGCAGAUCCUGAGGCCAUAAUCGCACAGGCGUUACAAACGGGAGGUGGGCCUAACGUAUCCGAUGCGUACACAAUCAACGGUCUUCCGGGGCCUUUGUACAAUUGCUCAUCAAGAGAUACAUUCAGACUAACCAUAGAGCCAGGAAAGACGUAUCUCCUCCGUCUGAUCAAUGCGGCCCUCAACGACGAACUCUUCUUCAGCAUCGCCAACCACACGCUCACCGUCGUAGAAGCAGAUGCUGUCUAUGUGAAGCCCUUCAACACAACUACCAUCCUCAUCUCACCAGGCCAAACCACCAACGUCCUACUCAAAGCCAAACACCAUAACUCAAAUGCCACAUUCAUCAUGGCAGCCCGACCCUACGCACCCGGUGCUGGCACCUUUGAUAAUACCACAACCGUCGGAUUCCUCCUAUACCAACGCCCCAAUUCAUCUUCUAUAAAGACUUUCCCCGUUUUCAAACCAAAGCUUCCACCUCUCAAUGACACUUCCUUCAGCAUGAAAUUCGCCAGAAGAUUUCGUAGCUUAGCUGACGCUGGAUCUCCAUGCAAUGUCCCGAAGACCGUUGAUAAACGGUUCUUUUUCACGGUGGGCCUCGGUACGGACCGUUGCCCAAAGAAUCAAACGUGCCAAGGAUUCAACGGUGCUAAGUUCGCUGCUUCUAUUAACAAUGUAUCAAUGACACUCCCAACGACUGCUCUCCUUGAGGCCCACUACUUGAAGCAAUCGAACGGUGUAUAUACUAGCAAUUUCCCAAAGAAGCCACCUUUUCGUUUUGAUUACACCGGCAAACCUCCAAAUAAUACUUUGGUGAGCCAUGGUACUAAGGUGGUCCCGCUUCAUUUUAAUACGACCGUUGAGCUGGUAAUGCAGGACACUAGCAUUGUGGGGCCGGAAAAUCACCCUCUCCAUCUACAUGGUCAUAACUUCUUCGUAGUCGGACGAGGUCUUGGGAACUACAACGCAAAGAAAGACCGGUCGAAAUUCAACCUAGUCGAUCCUGUGGAGAGGAAUACUGUUGGAGUUCCACCUGGCGGUUGGGUGGCCAUUCGUUUCCGGGCUGAUAAUCCAGGUGUUUGGUUCAUGCACUGCCACAUAGAGGCCCACCUCAGCUGGGGUCUGAAGAUGGCGUGGGUCGUUAAGGAUGGGAAGCGACAAUAUCAGAAGCUGCCACCUCCACCGUCUGAUCUUCCCAAAUGUUGAGCCUGAUUCCACAUUCUUCUUUCUUUCUUUUUGUUCACUUAUUUUUUGAAGGCGUAGUGGUCAAUGCCGUGUCCAUCUUAUACUUGUGUAUCAUGGAUUUUGAAAUAAUCGGCUAUUGAUUGUAAUAUCCAUGUUCUCAUCUUAAUCAUCAGCCUACGAUUGUUAAUUUCUUGAGCGGAUUUCUAAUUAUGUAGAACGAUAUUUGAAAUUUUGCUAUACUUAAUGAAGCUGUUGAGAUUUUUAUUAAGUUCUUCUA